AAUGUUUAAUGGUCGACAAUAAUCAAAAACGAAAUGCAAAUCACUGCAAAUUCCAUUGAAAACCCUUCGAUUAGAUUAAAUAUUUCAUCAAUAGUGACUGCCAAUCGUAUCGUACAUGAUAUGAACAAUGUCGACACAAUAUCUAUACAAUCGUAUCCAUCCAAAGAAUUUUCGAUUCCAACAAAAUCAAUUGUAUAUAAUAAUAAUAAUAAUAAUGAUACGAUAAAUGGUGAUGAUAAUAAUAAUGAUAAUAAUAGUGAAAUUCUUUCGAAUCGAUUCUGUUGUAUGAGUCGAGAAUUUUGGACAUGUCUUUUAUUAUCAUCGAUUGUAAUCGGUCUUCCUAUUGCUAUUAUCAUAAUGCUCAUUAAUUUGCCUCGAUUAUCAAGUCAACGUGACACACGUCAACAGCAUUAUAUUUUAUUGGCGUUUGGUUUACCUUUUUCCUGUGUGAUAAUUGUAGCAUUAUUAUAUGGCAUUUAUAGUUUAAUUCGACGUAUCAGACGUGGACCAAAUCAUUCCCGUAUUUGGAAUAAAUCGAUUGAUUUCGGUCAUAAUUCGAUAAAAUCGAAAAAUUCAUUAACAAGUAUGGAUGAAGAGCCAAAAUUAUAUUCACUUGUCACACAGGUAAUGACAAAUCAACGAAUAUCAAUAUCAACGCCAAAUAUUUCACCAAAAAUGGAACGAAAUUAUUCAUUACAAUAAUAAC